AUGUGCCGUGUGAUGUGUGUGUUGGCCGUUGUGCUGUGCUGUGCCUGCGGGUAUACCAUGGCGGAUCCUGCUACUACUGUUAAUGCUGGACAACCAAAGGCGGUGAUGGCUAGUGAAUUUGAAGACUUUCUCGUGUACACAAGCAAGAAAUAUGGCAAGUGUAUGAAGGACAGCUCUGAUACGUAUGGGGGAAAAACUUGUAAGGAGUUGGGAUUCAUUAACAAGACUGCUUCAUCAUCUCCGCAAGAAAAACGUCCUGAGGGAAGAGACACUCCUGUUGCAGCUGCAGUUGAAGUGGCCAGUAGACCUCAGGGUGAUAGAACCAUGGAAGGAGAAGUGAGCGUAAAUGAACCGCAAGGUGGUGCAUCAGAAGUUGCUGGCAGUAGUACUGAGGCUGCACAACAAAAACCAGAUACAAGUGCAACUACACCGCAACGCCAAAGUCCUGGGUCUAAUGGUGCUGGUGAUGGUGAUCAAGGGGCAUCUGAUAAAACAGGUGAUAACAGUACACCUGCCACCUCUAAUCGUACCCAGCAUUCUUCUGCACAGGCAAGUGCGUCUGCUGCACCAGAUUCACAAGAAACCAAUGCCAUUACUCCGCCGAGCACCGAGAACACUGUCAACGAGGAAUCAACCACCACCAUUCCAUCUCCUGUAACUGACCCACAGAGCAGCACCAUCGCCCCCACAGUUCAGAAUAAGGCUAAUGUUGUUGACAGCAGUAGUAUGAGUUCUUUCUGGAUGCGCACUGCAGCACCGCUACUGAUUGUGGCUGUGUUGGUCUCCGUUACUGUGUACUGA